CAUCAAACCCACUUUUUUCCCCCCUCUCUUCAUAUCAAGAAACUCACAUCCAUCUAUCAAUCAAUCAAUCUUGAGCAGGGAAACCAAUCAAAGUUUUCAUCUUUUUCAAGUUCCUUUGAGAUUGUUGGAAACUUUAAGGUUUGGUUCUAAGAAUCCAUCAGGGAAGACAGCUAUGGAAGGUGUUGUGGCUCAUGAGAGUGAUCUGAAUCUCAAGGCAACUGAGCUGAGAUUGGGGCUGCCUGGAACAGAAGAGUGUGAGAAAGAAAUGGUGUCAAGUGCCAAGAACAAGAACAAAAGAGCCCUACCUGAAUCAGCCUGUGAUGAAGAAGACUGUGAAUCCAAGGCCAAUUCUGAUGCCAAAGCCUCUCCUGUUGCCAAGGCACAGAUUGUGGGAUGGCCACCAGUGAGAUCUUACAGGAAGAACAGCCUGCAAGUGAAAAAAGCAGAAGCAUCUGAGAGUGGGAUGUAUGUGAAAGUCAGCAUGGAUGGAGCCCCUUAUCUCAGAAAGAUUGACCUCAAGGUCUACAAUGGCUACCCAGAGCUCCUAAAGGCACUGGAAACCAUGUUUAAACUCUCCAUAGGUCAAUACUCUGAGAGGGAAGGCUACAAGGGCUCAGAAUUUGCUCCUGCUUAUGAAGACAAAGAUGGUGACUUGAUGCUUGUUGGAGAUGUUCCUUGGGAGAUGUUCUUGUCCUCAUGCAAGAGGCUGAGAAUAAUGAAGGGAUCAGAGACAAGAGGAUUGGGUUGUGGCAACUGAAACCCCACAAAUCUGAGCAAAGCUAUCAGGAAAAGAGUGGAACGUUCAAGAUCUGUCUCAGGCAGGCAAGCUAGCUUGGGUUGUCGGAGCUGAGCCUAGUAGUUUUGAAAAAUCUUUUUGUAACAUCAAAAAACAGUUUCCCAGAUUGGACUUCAGCCCAGAAGUUCAUCCAGAAGAAACCAGUUCCUAUGAUGUUAUUCGUUUACUUCAUUUCAUUCUUUUCUUUUUAUGUAAAUUAAUGUGUUAUUAUCAGGAAAAAAAACCAUGGUGGUUUCAAGAUCCUGUAAUGAUGUUCUUGUUUCUGUUUUUGGAAUAAUGCCAUCGAGCAUUCAGAGAAAUAUAUACAGUGUUUGCUCUUGAAGCAGUUGUACAAAGAAACAUAUAUGUUACAUCGAUCUUCUAAUAGCGA